CGCUUUGCAGACUAAGCGGCAUUGCUUGGGUCGAGGGCUGCCGGGUUAAUCCUAUAGCCGUAGGCUAAAGGCGGCUGGAAACUCCGAUGACUCACAGUGGCUUAAAAAUGAGUUUUGUUGCAAAUGCAAACGCAAACAUUCCCUCUUGGUGAGCUGGGCACGUUCUGAGUUGCUAGGACCUGUUGGCGUAAUGUGUGGUUUGCACCCAUUAUCUGGCUUCAGAGAACUUUCCUGCAACAGGUCCAGGCUGGAAGCUCAGCGUACCAUCCGCAGGGCUUGGAACCCAGCAUGCCUGAUGUAGUUUAGUCGGUGCUAAAAAGGUGCUUAUGGUAGAGUUGCCAACAGUUCCUAUUACAAGGGGUGGCCCUUAUUUCCUCAUCUCUGUGUACAACGAGAUCAGGACUUGCCCAGUGCUGCAAAAAGCAGCAAGAAAUAGUUUUGGCAAGUGUCGGGUCUGACAGAAAUUGAGCUUCCUCCUUGGUGCUGGGUGCAACGAUCUGCCUGCAGAGAACAAUGGCCACAGAAGAGCAGCACUGGCCAGUCCCAAUGAAGGCAAUUGGAGCACAGAACCUACUGACAAUGCCUGGGGGAGUUACUAAGUCAGGAUACCUGCACAAAAAAGGAGGCACCCAGCUGCAGAUCUUAAAAUGGCCACUGAGAUUUGUGAUUAUCCAUGAGGGAUGUAUUUACUACUUUAAGACUAGCACAUCUCCAUCUCCACAGGGUGCUUUCUCUUUAAAUGGUUAUAACAGGGUUAUGCGGGCAGCGGAGGAGACAACAUCAAACAACGUGUUUCCUUUCAAAUUAGUUCAUAUUAGCAAGAAGCACAGGACCUGGUUUUUUUCUGCCUCCUCUGAAGAUGAAAGAAAGAACUGGAUGGUCUCACUGAGGCGUGAAAUAGAUUAUUACCAUGACAAGAAGGAAACAAUAACAGAUUUAAGUGACUCUGGUUCUGAUGCAGACAGUUUCUAUGGCUCAGUAGAACGCCCCAUAAAUAUCAACUAUUCUCAUUCAACAGAAAAUGAAGAUUAUGACCAGGAAGAAGAUGAGGAAUCGUACUUACAGCCAGAUUCUACGGAUUUAGUUAGACCAGAUGAUAACAUGAUCCUCCCACCAGCGUACCCGCCACCUCCAGUGCCUCACAUCAGAAAAGUUGCCAAUGUAGAGACAAGGAUGCACUCCUUCACAGGCCAUCCCACAGGGCCUAUGCUUCCUCCACCACCUCCUAAAAGAAGCUUACCUGAUAUAAAACCAGAGGACCUCUUAAAUAUAAGAGGAGAAUCCCAGUUUCACUGCAGAACCGAAUCAAAUCUAAAAAUACAGCCAUCAAGUCGUAGAGUAAGUGACGUACCACCGCCGGUUCCCCCUGUGCCUCAUCUAAAAAAUCCUGCCUGUGUCAAAGAGAGCUGCUUGCCAUCAGCAGAGAUUCCACCUCUAGCCCGCAUUUUAACAGCCAGUGAAGGAUGUGAGAGGCUAAAACAAUUGAACCUUUCCUCACGGGGCCCACCUCCAUUACCAAGGAACAAACCCAAGCUAUCAGAAUUAACAGAGAAGCCAGUGGAGGCCAAAGUGCCAAAAGAACGCAGCAAAGCUGGGAUGUUUAUUCCUCAAGUGCCAGUGGAGACCAGAGCACCAAAAGAAUAUGGCAAACCUGGACUGUUCGUGCCACAAGUGCUGCCUAAACCGCCUGUGCCUGUAUUCAAAUCUAGAUCAGAGAAGUCUUUGCUUCCCCAGUUACAGAGAUCACCACCAGAUGGGCAGAGUUUCCGAAGCUUCUCAUUUGAGAAACCAGCAUUACCUUCAAAGCAAAACAAGUCUGGUGAAGAUUCAGAUGAAGAUUAUGAAAAAGUUGAGCUGCCUAAUUCGGUAUUUGUCCAGACCUAUGAAUCCAUUGAAGUAGAAAGGAUGUUCAAAUCUGCCAGCCCAAGAGGACAUCCACAAAAUGGAUUAUACUGUAUUAGGAAUUCAUCUACCAAGCCUGGAAAGGUAUUAGUAGUAUGGGAUGAAUCUGCUGAAAAAGUGAGAAACUACAGAAUCUUUGAAAAGGAUUCACAGUUUUACUUGGACUCAGAAACCAUGUUCUGGAACGUUGGAAGUUUGGUUGAAUACUACUGCACCCAUGUCUUACCCAGCCAUGACAGCUUGAUUCUCAAAUGUCCUUAUGGUUACUGUGGACCAAGGUGACACGGCCUGCAAAAUGAACUGACUGUAAGAUCAAACACACUGUGGAAAAAUGGGCACUUAGAGGGAUGGUAUUUUUUUUCCCAAAAUUAAAUAGGAAUUGCCAUGCUACUGGGUUUGAUUUCCUGAACUUUGCACACAGAGACUGUUUCUGCUAUUUGUUCUCCCACUGCCUACAGACUUGCAUUUAAGUAUCUUGUUGAUAAGCCCUUCCAAACCAGACUUCUGGAUUUCACACCCUCGUUACAGCUCUUCCUGUGAAAAAGGGCUGAUCUGGCUAUUCUGUGAAAGGUAUUUACAAGACGUGCCUUUGAGGAGCUGCUGCUGCUACUUUCCUAAUCAUGUGGAUGUGAAGUGGAGAAAAGACCUGGCCAAAGAGGUGUUGUGGACAAAACUAUUAGGAAAGGAGAACUUUUGAAAGAACAGCACUGUCCAUUUGUGACAGAGAAUACUAAUUUUCUGACUCGUAUUGCUCCUUGAGUCAGUACUGGUGCUUGACUGAGAUUUUGUAAUAGUUUAUAAUUAAUCUGUAAAUAACAAGGAUGCUUAUGGCAAUGUGGUUGGUUCAAUGUGGAUAUAGGAAAUCAAGGAAGUGGACUUUGUAAGCCAUGUCUUGCAGAAGGCCCAUCUCUAACUCCUGCAAUCAGACUCCCAGUGCCUGCAAUGGUAUGCUCAGCUCUAAUGGUGGGUGUGGAGUUUUACUGAUAACCUCUCUGGACAAUUGUGGACUAGUAUUAAGUUUGCUCCAUCAGAAACUCCAUUCACAAGUUCUCAAUCAGAAAGAUAGUUGCCAUAAAUCAACUUUUUCAUGCAAGUAUGAAAGAAAAAAGGAGGGUAUAGGCUGAAGUGGAGAAUAAUCUGGAGAGUAACCCAGAUUGAGAUGCAGACUUCUCCCAUAUCGCCACUAUCAAAGGCAAUAGGAAGGAUGGUAAAUAAUAUAUAAAACUUCUGUUAAAUCACUUGGAUGAAAUUGUCAGCACAUCAAAUUCAGUAUAUGUAGAGCACACUGAUCCCAUUAUACAUUGUGUAAAUCACAUAUUGUUCUUUCUGUUGGUUUUAACAAGUCUAUUCAGUUUGAAGUCCUUGUAUAAAAUAAAGUACUAUAUUACAAAUCAUCCCAAACCUACUAUUCUCACUUCCUGUCAACUAAGAUAAACUGCAGCAUUAACAAACCUUUAAUUGUAGGUGUGUGUAACUCUUGUUGACAUAUAUUUCUGUAGGAAAAUCCUAAAGCCAUGCUGUUAAUAGGAAGAGCGUCAUUUCCACAUAACUGACUUUUCCAGUGUAUGUUGUUUAACAAGGGGAGGGAGGGGAAAAAAAAACUUACUUUAAUGUCCUGUGUUUCUUAAUUUUUGUGUCUCAAGAGUACUGUAAUGGUAACGUUGUGAUGAGCUCAAACUCCAUAGAAGGAGAAUAGAACUGAUCCAAGUCUGUAUGAUAACGUUUCUGAAUCCAGAUUGGUGAAUAAUCUCAUCUGCCAUUGGCUUUUGUAUCUUUAUGCACAUCAGGUUUUAUUUCUGACACUGUUU